UGACAGUCAAGUGAAGAGAAAACUGACCUUCUCCGAGCCCUCGUCGCUCGUUCUGAGCCAGACGAGUAGACCUUCAAAGUCGAGUCCGCUUCGUUGCUUUCUCGCGUGUGCCCUGUUAUACACGCAUGCAGCCAUGCCGCUGGAAGUGCCCAGUUUGCAGGAGCUGAAAGUGGACGAGAUCAAUGUAUCAUCUGCGGUGCUGAAGGCGGCAGCCCAUCACUAUGGCUCACAGUGUGACAAACCCAACAAAGAGUUCAUGCUCUGCCGCUGGGAGGAAAAGGACCCCCGCAAGUGUCUUGAAGAAGGGAGGAAAGUCAACGAGUGUGCACUCAACUUCUUCAGGCAAAUCAAGGGGAACUGUGCCGAGUCGUUCACUGAGUACUGGACCUGUCUGGACUAUUCCAAUUUGGCUGAGCUACGCCGCUGCCGGCAGCAACAGCAAGCCUUCGACAACUGCGUCCUGGACAAGCUGGGCUGGGAGCGACCCGACCUGGGAGACCUGUCGAAGGUGACCAAGGUUUCAACCUCGAGGCCCCUACCUGAGGACGCAUACCACUCGCGGCCACGCCCUGAGCCCAACCCGACCAUCGAGGGUAAACUCGAGCCUUCCAAAUAUGGCAGCAGAUUGUUCUUUUGGCCCUGGUGAGGUCACAGGUUCUGUUCAAAUGCAGCCAUGAAGUGUGCUGAUACCAGCAGUUUGUCAUUGUUUGAUCCUAAAAGUUGCUUUUGCACAGAGCUUCAUCGUCAUCAUAAAAUAUAUUUUGGUGAAAGGAAGACUGCAUGAUUCAUACAGCUUUCCUGUCCAUUUCUGUAAAUGUCAUGAGUGAACAUUGGUGUCACAUAAUAAAGAGAUAAAUUAA